CCGGAGUGACCCGGACGUGUUACCGGGCCUGUUUUCUGCCUGCAGCCUCCUUCCUGCAGCCCGGUUGAGGAAGUGGAUUUCGCUGACAGGGCUGGGUUUAGUCAGGGAGAGGCGACGAAAACGUCUUCUCUGGGGGUCCAGAAGCACAAAAAAAGUCCCGGGGAGCGAUUUGUUUGAGGCUAAAGUGUGCAGCCGUUGGUGAACCGUUGCUCCUCUACCCGGCUCGGACCGCCGCAGACAUGAAUGACCAGCAGCUGGACUGUGCCCUGGACCUGAUGAGGCGCCUGCCUCCCCAGCAGAUCGAAAAAAAUCUCAGUGACCUAAUUGACCUGGUACCCAGUUUGUGUGAGGACCUUCUCUCCUCUGUGGACCAGCCACUGAAGAUCGCCCGGGACAAAGUGGUUGGGAAAGACUAUCUGCUCUGUGAUUACAACAGAGAUGGCGACUCCUACAGAUCUCCAUGGAGUAAUAAGUAUGAACCUCCUAUUGAGGACGGUGCAAUGCCUUCAGCACGCCUGCGGAAACUUGAGGUGGAAGCCAAUAAUGCCUUCGAUCAGUACAGAGACCUGUACUUUGAGGGUGGUGUGUCCUCGGUUUACCUGUGGGACUUGGAUCACGGCUUUGCUGGUGUUAUUCUCAUUAAGAAGGCUGGGGAUGGAUCCAAGAAGAUCAAAGGAUGCUGGGACUCUAUCCAUGUGGUGGAGGUGCAGGAGAAGUCCAGCGGUCGUACUGCUCACUAUAAACUUACCUCCACUGUCAUGCUGUGGCUCCAGACAACUAAGACCGGCUCCGGUACCAUGAACUUGGGAGGCAGUCUUACAAGACAGAUGGAAAAAGAUGAACCAGUUGGAGAGUCCUCACCACACAUUGCCAACAUUGGCCGCCUUGUUGAGGACAUGGAGAACAAGAUUCGCUCCACACUGAAUGAAAUCUACUUUGGGAAGACAAAGGACAUCGUCAACGGCUUAAGAUCUAUUGAGUCUUUGCCUGAUAACCAAAAGUACCGGCAGCUCCAGAGGGAGCUGUCACAGGUCCUCACCCAGCGUCAGAUCUUCAUUGACUAGGGUCAGAGGAGUGUUCAGAUGCUGGCUGAUAAAUCACAGCAGGAGGCUUUCAAGAAAGACCUGAUGUCUGUGCUGAGACAGAAACAGCACAACUAGAUAUGCUCACUUUCAUUCUUCUCUCUCCCUUGCUCUUUCUCACUCUUGCCUCAUUUCUGCCAUCUUUUCUCUUUCUUUCCAUCUCUCUGCACUAAAGUGCUUCACUCGUGUUUAUUUGUGGAAAUGAAAAAAGGAGAAAAUGCUCAGCUUUUUGUCUUUAUUUUUUGUCAUUUUCCGUUUUGAUGCAUCCCAUCUGCCAUGAAGCCAUUCUCUCUCUCUCUCUCCCCGUCACCCCUCUUCUCUCUCUUCAUGUUAUGAAUAUGCCGAUAAUAUUACGACAGUCAAUGCUAAUCCUGCAGUGAGGGUCAUUUUACUCUUAAUCCCUGAUGUUCUCAGAGCUGACAUGAGCGACAUCGACCCUGCUCUCCUCUGUGACGAGGAAACGGACAGACUGCUGUAGGCGGCGUAGACUCUGCGAGGCUGUCGUUGUGUACAUCAGAAUUAUUUCUUGCACCUGUUUUGUCUGUGCCACACCCUGUAUGAAAUCAUAACUGUCAGUGUAAGUCUAGUUUCUCUGGUGAGAACACGAGCACAGCGCCGGGUUUGUGUUUGGAGUCUGUCCAUGUGCAUGUGAUCCUGUGGGAGCAUGGAGCUACAGUGGAUGUAGACGUAUCAAACAUGGGGAUGGACUGUUCUCUUCACUGGGUGCACCCACAUCACCCCGACGCCCUACACUGUGUAUAACCUGACAGGCCGCCUCCCCUCUGUUCAACUAUCACAACUCUUCUCACAGACUCUUUGCUGGGGGCACUGUUUGUCUUUGCGUCUCAAUGGAAACUUUUUGUUUUGGAGGGGACUCUUCUGUUGUGUUUUGUUUUUAUUUUGUAAAGCUUAUGAUUCAUAUUGUAUUAAAGCCUCCAACAAUUUAAAAAAAAU